UGAGAGCCGGGUUGUUUGUCCGCAGACGCUGAGCAGCAGCCCGCAUGGUGGCGAUGGGACGCUGUACACUUUUGGCUGACGUUCCCCUGAUUUCGUUAUUACAGAUGUGGUGUAUUAUCUGAUAUCACAGUGGUUCUUAUAGCAGCGGCUAUGAGCGAGUUAUGUAGCACACAGUGGGUAAUCACUUAUGGUGACAGUGGGUACGAGUCAGCUUACAUUAUUAGUUCUCCUCUGUAUACAAUGGAAGAAGGCGAUCCUCAGUUGGAGUUAGAAACAGAAGCACAGAUGAACAUCCACUCGAGAGUACACGUGGACACUGUACUCUCCAGCCUAGAGGAGCAGAGGAGAAAGAACUUCCUAUGCGACAUCACACUGAUAGUAGAGAAUGUGCAGUUUCGUGCACACAAAGCCCUAUUAGCUGCUAGCAGUGAAUAUUUCUCCAUGAUGUUUGCUGAUGAGGGAGAUGUAGGCCAGUCAAUUUAUGUCAUGGAAGGAAUGGUUGCUGAGAUCUUUGGAACUCUUCUGCAGUUUAUUUACACUGGAAAUGUACAUGUGAGUGAGAAAUGCCUUCAGCAAAUAGUCGCAACUGCACAGGUUUUAAAAGUAGAUGAUUUCGUAAAAGCCUGCGCAGAUUUUCAGGAGAGCCAAAGUUAUGCCAAACCACACCUCAAUGUAUCCGACAAUGGAUUACUGGAGGGAACAGACGGUGACUUGCCAAAGCGUAAACGUGGGAGACCAAAGAAACUGUUGUGUGCUCAAGAUAAGAGAAAGGCAAAUGUUAUCCCUAUGCCACAUACUGAGACGGACUCAAACCAUGAACAUAUCCCAGGACACAGCAAAGCUGCAACUGUUCCCAAUGGAAACACACUAAAUGAGCAAGAAGUUGUUAGUGAUUAUGCCGCAGAGGUGACAUGUGAUUUAAACCCCAGGCUUUUAGAAGGGCAAAUGUUUCAGAAGAGGCAUAGCAAGCGCAGACUUCAGAGAUCCAUUAAGCUGCGAGACUACAGACUUUCUGAGGAUAAUGAGGAGCGUGAACCAAUGAAGCAUGUUCUCGACAGAAGGAAACAACCUGGCACUGAAGCACACUGCAAGGACUGUGGCAAAGUGUUCAAAUACAAGCACUUUUUAGCAAUUCACCGUAGAACCCAUACAGGAGAGCGCCCCUACAGAUGUGCAGAAUGUGGAAAAGGUUUCUCCCAAAAGCACUCUCUGCAGGUCCAUGAGCGCAUACAUACAGGAGAGAGACCCUAUAGCUGCACUGUAUGCAACAAAUCUCUUGCAACCAAGCAUUCUUUAAUGGAGCACAUGAGUCUGCAUGCAGGCAAAAAAGCAUUUACUUGUGACCAGUGUGGAAAGUUUUUCAGUCAGAAAAGACAACUGAAGAGUCAUUAUCGUGUACAUACAGGUGGUAGGUUACCAGAGUGCAAUGUCUGCCAACGAAAGUUCAUGGAUGCUGCACAGUUAAAGAAACAUCUAAGAUCUCAUACAGGUGAAAGACCAUUUACAUGUGAGAUCUGUGGAAAAUCGUUCACUGCUAAAAGCUCACUACAGACACACAUCAGAAUACACAGGGGGGAAAAGCCUUAUUCUUGCAACAUUUGUGGGAAAACGUUUUCAGACUCCAGUGCCAAAAGGAGACAUUGCAUUCUGCAUACGGGAAAGAAGCCGUUCUCUUGUCCAGACUGCAAAGUGCAGUUCUCCCGCAUGGAUAAUCUGAAAACUCACCUGAAAAUCCACAGCAAAGAAAAACAAUCACAGGACAUUGAAGCCAGUGCUGGAGGACCAGACGAAGCAAGGAACAUACUCCAGCUGCAGCAGUACCAGCUAGCGACCCCUAAUGGGCAGGAAAUACAAUUACUGGUCACAGAUGGUGUCCAUAACCUGAACUUCAUGUCAGGACACGGUCAAGGCAUUAGUAUUGUCACUACUGAUGCGUCUCAAAGCAUAACAGACCAAGCUACAAACCUUGCCCUGAUCACUCAUCAGCCUCCAUCCAUGCAUGGUUUGUCCAUCACAUCCCACCAACAACAAGUACAAUCAAUUCACAACAUUGACUUGAUGGAAAGCAGGAUGCAGACUGUGCUGCCAGAGCAGAUGCAUGUUAUCACUCUCUCAAAGGAAGCACUCGAUCAGCUGCAGGGACGGACUCCUGUGCAAACUCAACAAUCCCAUGGCAUCUUAAACCAAAGUGUCCGUGUCCCUGACCAUACUAAUCAAGCUUUAACUGUACACCCUGUACCCCAACCUGUGCCUGGCCAUCCAAUCCAAGCACAGGCAUUCCAGAUACAAGCCAGCGCCGUCUCUUUUAUAAACCAAACACUGGAAGCAGCAAAUUCAUCGUCUGUGUGAUAUAUAGAAAAUCUCUACUGACAUUUUUUGUCUUUUUUUUUUUUUUUUUUUUUAUAUCCGGGACAUGCGUAUACUGUAUUACAGUGAACGCAGAAGCCUUUUGUGUAGCGAAUUGUAUUUCUGCUGCUUGUUUUCCUGAAAGACAAACAGAGGGCUAGAAUAUUACUGCAGAUUUGUAUUCUGCAUCUAUAUGUAGCUUUAAACUAAUGGUAUUUGUAGUAUUUAUAUUUUAAAGGUUUGGGUAUUCUGCAGUCAGAUUAAGGGAAUGGCUGACAGAUAUAUUGUAUAAUACAAAGUUUUUGUUUGUUUUUCUUUGUUUUUAAACCUUAGAGCAAAAACAAAUGAUACAAAAGGCAAAAAUUCAAAUGAAUAACAACUUUUAAAAAUACAGCAGAUAGGCAAACUGUAAUGAAAAUUGUUUUGUUUGUUAAUUUCUUCUUUAAUUACACAAAUUUAUGUAGAAAGUUUUUUUUUUUGGGAGGAAAAAAACAUUUUUGUUCUGAAGUGAAACUUGGAUUUUACAGGAAUUUUAGUUCAAAUGAAACAAAAAAUAUAUAUUUAUUUUGAAAGGUCACCUUCAUUGUUCCUUGGCAUAUAUAAAAGCACUUUACCUGGUCUUGGAAA